AGGGUGCGGCCAAAUUUUAUCAUUACCAGCUGAACGAAAACAAAGGGUCGCCGGUUUUCAGAAGGCGCACGACAGAUCACAGCUGCAGUACAGACGAAUGACCGCAAUGCCAAGAUGGUCCGAUAGGGGAUGGCGCAUUGCCACCGCUCGAUCAGCCUGAGGUGAAAUGUCUUGAGCAAGUCUCGAGUGCUAUCAUCAUUGUGUAGGAAUUACUCUUCUUCAUCGUAACAACAAUGUCUUCAGCAGCCAGUCCCUCUCGUUACUUUAACCGCGGCGUGUUCAGCACCUUCAAGCUGGACUGCAAGGCUGCUGCACUCGAGUUCGUCGGGACAACGUUCUUUCUACUCCUAGGACUUGGAGGUAUCCAGGCCGCCAAUGACGAGGCUUCGUCCAGCGGCACCACCAUCGAACACGUGAUGUACAUCGCGACAUCCAUGGGUUUCAGCCUUCUGGUCUCCGCUUGGCUGUUCUACAGGAUCACCGGUGGCCUCUUUAACCCCAAUAUCACCCUCGCACUGUAUCUCGUGGGAGUGAUAACCCCCGUCAGAUUUGUGUUGUUCUGCAUCGCACAGCUGAUUGGAGGCAUUGCUGCAUCGGCAUUGUUGCUCGCGUUGACCCCUGGACCUCUGGCUGUCAACACGUUCCUACAACAGGGAAUCAAUCCAGCUCAAGGCGUUUUCAUCGAAAUGUUCCUCACAGCAGCGCUAGUGAUGGCCGUUCUGAUGCUUGCCGCUGAAAAAUCCCAGGUUACUCCGUUUGCACCGAUUGGCAUUGGUCUGACACUGUUCGUUGGUCAACUAUGGGCCGUCUUUUAUACAGGCGCAGCUAUGAAUACGGCACGUGCAUUCGGACCUGCUGUCGUCACUGGGUUUCCUUCCUCUACCCACUGGGUGUACUGGGUCGGACCCUUCCUCGGCUCUCUGCUAGGAACUGCCUUCUACGCCAUGCUGAAAUGGAUGCACUAUCAAGAUCUGAAUCCUUCACAGGCGUCCACGCAUGAGAUGGACUCGCCAGAUCCGAUGGCCAUGAGACCAAGUAAUACGGAGAAGCGUAAUGGAGAUGAUGCAGGAGGGGGUUCUGCAGGCGGGUCAAGUGCAGUGUAGAGUUGCCCUCAACCUCCGAGGACUUUUGCUCAAACUAGAACAUACAAGCCGGCCGGCGGCACAGUUUAUAACUCACACACGCAGGAUAUAAACUU